AUGACUACUAGACUUCACUGGCUCUCAAGAGCCCUCUGCCUGAUAGGCAUACUGUGCACCGUCACUACCACAUAUGUGACAGAAGAUUCUCCAGCCCCCGCUGAGAAAGGAGUCACCUUCAGCCACAUCUAUAAGAUAGACCUGGCCAAGAGCCCUGACUGUAAAUUGGCCUUGCAGACCAUGCCUCACCAGCAGGACCAGGAAUCAGGUCUGCAAGAGCUGGAGGGGGGCCCUACUCUGGAGGGGGACAAGGACAUAGUCUUCAGGCACCAAAUCAACCUCAAGACCCCAAAGUGUGACUGUGAUGAGUCAGAGCGCUUCAAGUCUUUGCUGUACAGAGUCAACGGGCUGGAGGAGGAGGUGGAACACCUGAAGAGUCAGUGCUCCCAGGGCUGCUGUGGUGGCAAAGGUGGUGUGGACACUAGCUGUAGUGGCCACGGGACCUACCAGCACGACACCUGCAGCUGCCAAUGUAACCCUGGCUGGGAAGGCCCAGACUGCUCCAUCUCCACCUGUCCUGAUGAGUGCAACGACCACGGGCGCUGUGUGGAUGGCAAGUGUGUGUGCCUUGCUGGCUACAUGGGGAGAGACUGCAGCCAGAUGAUGUGCCCAGGCGACUGCAACGAUAAGGGACACUGCGUGGACGGGAAGUGUGUGUGCUUCAGCCACUUCACCGGCGAAGACUGCAGCGAACAGAAAUGCAGUCCUGACUGCGUCCACGGCACCUGCGUGAAUGGAAUGUGUAUCUGUGACGAGGGCUUCUUUGGGGAUGAAUGCUCUGCAGUGUUUGGCCCUAACGGCCUGCGUCUGGUCAGGGUGACUGAUGUCUCGCUGCUGGUAGAGUGGCAGGCGGUGAGAGCAGCAGAGUACUACGUCUUGACCUGGCACCCUGAGGGCAACGAGGCAGAGCGGGUCACCGUUCCCAACACAGAGACCUCCUACCUGAUCACCGGUCUUAGGCCGGGGGUCACCUACAUAGUGCAGGUGUACGCUGUCAUCAAGGAGAUCCAGAGCGAGGGGGACAGGAUAGAGGCGACCACAGUGGUGUCUGGUAUUGAUGGUAUCCGGGUAUUGGGCCAGACUGAGGACUCUAUCCAGGUGGACUGGCAGAACCCUGCAGCACCUCUGGACCACUUCAGACUGACCCAUGCUAACCCUGACGGGCAGGAGGAGGAGCAGAUCGUACCUAUGAGUGCAGAGGCCAGGACCACCAACACCAUCGUAGGACUGCAACCUGGCACUGAGUACCUCAUCACAGUGCAAGGCAUCAAAGGCACCAUCGAGGGGAAAGCCUCCUUCGUCACCGGGGUCACAGAUCUUGACGCUCCUACUAACCUCUCGACCAAAGAAGUGACAGAGGACAGUGCUACUGUGGAAUGGCAGAAGGUACAAGCAGAGAUCGACGGCUACGUGAUCAGCUACAGCUCUGCUGAGGGUUCCAGUGGGGAGAUCCCUGUGGGGGCAGACAGCAGCUCCUACAGGCUGACUGGGCUGAGGCCUGGAGUCAUCUACACAGUCUACAUCUGGGCUGUCAAGGGCUCCCGGGUCAGCAGGAAGAGCUCCACAGAAGCUGAGACAGAUCUGGAUGCUCCUACUAACCUCUUGACCAGAGAAGUGACCGAGGACGCAGCCGAUGUGUCGUGGGACAGACCUCUAGCGGACAUCGACGGCUACGUGAUCAGCUACAGCUCUGCUGAGGGCUCCAGUGGGGAGAUCCCUGUGGGGGCAGACAGCAGCUCCUACAGGCUGACUGGGCUGAGGCCUGGAGUCAUCUACACAGUCUACAUCUGGGGUGUCAAGGGCUCCCGGGUCAGCAGGAAGAGCUCCAUUGUAGCUGAGACAGAUCUGGAUGCUCCUACUAACCUCUUGACCAGAGAAGUGACCGAGGACACAGCCGAUGUGUCGUGGGACAGACCUCUAGCGGACAUCGACGGCUACGUGAUCAGCUACAGCUCUGCUGAGGGCUCCAGUGGGGAGAUCCCUGUGGGGGCAGACAGCAGCUCCUACAGGCUGACUGGGCUGAGGCCUGGAGUCAUCUACACAGUCUACAUCUGGGCUGUCAAGGGCUCCCGGGUCAGCAGGAAGAGCUCCAUUGAAGCUGAGACAGAUCUGGAUGCUCCUACUAACCUCUUGACCAGAGAAGUGACUGAGGUCACAGCCGAUGUGUCGUGGGACAGACCUCUAGCGGACAUCGACGGCUACGUGAUCAGCUACAGCUCUGCUGAGGGCUCCAGUGGGGAGAUCCCUGUGGGGGCAGACAGCAGCUCCUACAGGCUGACUGGGCUGAGGCCUGGAGUCAUCUACACAGUCUACAUCUGGGCUGUCAAGGGCUCCCGGGUCAGCAGGAAGAGCUCCAUUGUAGCUGAGACAGAUCUGGAUGCUCCUACUAACCUCUUGACCAGAGAAGUGACCGAGGACACAGCCGAUGUGUCGUGGGACAGACCUCUAGCGGACAUCGACGGCUACGUGAUCAGCUACAGCUCUGCUGAGGGCUCCAGUGGGGAGAUCCCUGUGGGGGCAGACAGCAGCUCCUACAGGCUGACUGGGCUGAGGCCUGGAGUCAUCUACACAGUCUACAUCUGGGCUGUCAAGGGCUCCCGGGUCAGCAGGAAGAGCUCCAUUGAAGCUGAGACAGAUCUGGAUGCUCCUACUAACCUCUUGACCAGAGAAGUGACCGAGGACGCAGCCGAUGUGUCGUGGGACAGACCUCUAGCGGACAUCGACGGCUACGUGAUCAGCUACAGCUCUGCUGAGGGCUCCAGUGGGGAGAUCCCUGUGGGGGCAGACAGCAGCUCCUACAGGCUGACUGGGCUGAGGCCUGGAGUCAUCUACACAGUCUACAUCUGGGCUGUCAAGAGCUCCCGGGUCAGCAGGAAGAGUUCCACACCAGCUGAGACAGAAAUUGAUUCGCCUAAGAACCUAAAAGCGUCAGAUGUUAAGCUGGAUGCUGCGACCCUGACCUGGACUGCUCCCUUAGCCAGAAUCGAUGGCUACAUCCUCACAUUCAGAGCUGAGGAUGGCACAUUGAAGAAGCUGAGGGCAGGAGAGAGCAGGUUUGCCAUGUCAGGCCUGGAGAUGGGAAAGAACUAUAUUGUUACCCUCCUCGCUUACAGAGGAGCAAAGAGGAGCAGAGUGAUAGAGACCACAUUCAAAACAGUGGGUUUAUUGUACCCGUUCCCCAUGGACUGUACUCAGAUUAAGACGAAUGGUAACAUGGCAAGUGGAAUCUACACGAUUUAUAUCAACAGUGAUCGCACCAAGCCCAUGGAAGUGUACUGUGACAUGGACACUGAUGGCGGUGGAUGGGUGGUGUUACAAAGACGCAACAAUGGACAGAUGGACUUCAUGAAGCGCUGGAGACAAUACAUGGCCGGCUUUGGGAACAUGACUGAUGAGUUCUGGCUCGGUCUGGACAAUAUAUAUGAGCUGACCAAUACUCCUACCCAGUAUGAGCUGCGAGUGGACCUGGGUGUGGGUUCAGAGAAGGCCUAUGCUGUCUAUGACAACUUCAAGAUAGCUCCAGCAAAGCAGAAGUUCAAGCUGACCAUCGGCAAAUACAGAGGAACAGCAGGUGAUGCCAUGAACUACCAUCAAGGUCGCCCUUUCUCUACUGUUGACAAUGACAAUGACAUUGCUCUCGGUAACUGCGCACUUACUCAUCGUGGUGCUUGGUGGUACAAGAACUGUCACCUUGCCAACCUGAACGGCAAAUUCGGAGACAACAGACACAGCAUGGGUGUGAACUGGGAGCCAUGGAAAGGCCACCUGAUGUCUCUUGAUUUCACUGAGAUGAAGAUCCGGCCAGUGGGCGCCGCCAGGAAGAGGAGGUCGCUUAGCAGCAGAACAGCUCCUAGAAAAUAG